GAAAAGGAUGAGUUCAUAUUUUGUCAAUUCUCUCUUCUCCAAGUACAAAAGUGGCGACUCUUUACGUCCCAAUUACUACGAGUGCGGGUUCGCCCAGGACCUGGGAAGCAGACCCACUGUAGUUUAUGGACCCGGCACCGGAGGAACUUUUCAGCACGCGCCUCAGAUACAGGACUUCUACCACCACGGUGCGUCUUACCAGCAGAGUCCGUGUGCCGGAGCGUGUCACGGGGAGCCCGCCAACUUCUACGGCUACGAAGCCCUGCAGCGGCAGAGCCUCUUUGGAAGCCAAGAGCCCGAUCUGGUCCAGUACAGCGACUGCAAGCUGGCGGGGGGCGGCAUCGGCGAGGAGACGGACCCCGCGGACCAGACACCUUCUCCGUCGCAGCUCUUCCCGUGGAUGAGACCGCAAGUAGCGGCCGGACGGAGGCGAGGCAGGCAGACCUACAGCCGCUACCAGACCCUGGAGCUGGAGAAGGAAUUCCUCUUUAACCCCUACCUGACUCGCAAGCGGAGGAUUGAGGUAUCGCACGCCCUGGGACUGACCGAGAGGCAGGUGAAAAUCUGGUUUCAGAACAGGCGGAUGAAAUGGAAAAAGGAGAACAACAAAGAUAAAUUCCCCAGUACCAAGUCGGAGCAGGAGGCGAUCGAGAAGGAGAGGAGGGAGAGGGAGCAGGGCGGACUGACGCAGCCGCUCGGAGAAGACUGCGACAAAAGCAAGCAAAUGUAGGAAAGCCGAGGAAGCGAUCAGUAGCCUUACAUGUCCGGGUGAACAAAGUAACCUUCUUUGGGGAGUUUCGUCUGGGAAGCAUUUUCAUUGCCACCAUUGUGCUUGACGCGAAUGACGGACAGUGAUUAGACUAAGACAAGAGACCUGUAGGUUGUCGUUUCAAGCGGAAACUAAGUUGUUUCCUUGGAAGAUAUCGUAGUGAUAUAAAACACUAAAUGUGAAACAUUUCGUUGUUACGAUGAUUUCUUUUACGAUUACACUGGCAGCUGUAAAGUCCACCAAGUCCAAUAAUGCACUUACA